AUGGCAUUCAUCAAAACACCAGAGAAUGCUGUCAAAAAUGUUUUUCCCUUUAAGCCUUACGACGCGGGAAGGUGUUUUAUUUACCGGCUGGGCACAGAGCCAUUUCUAUACAUUGCAGAUCCUGAAUGUCUAAAAAGAAUGUCUGCAGGUGUUAUGGGAAAAAGUUGGGGAAAGCCCACUGUGUUUAAAAAUGAUCGAAAACCUUUGUUUGGUAAUGGUUUAACUAUGGUCGAAGGUGACGAUUGGGUUCGUCACCGGCAGGCCAUGGCAAACUUGAUGGUGGAGUCGAUCACUGGCAUGCUAGACCGGUGGACCGCCCUCAUCAGCUCCGGCGAGACUGAAAUUGACGUUCAGAGAGAAUUCACGCGAACAACCGGCGACAUUAUUGUAAAGACGAGCUUUGGCUUAAGCUAUGAACACCGUAAACAAGUGUUCGAAAAAUUAACCUCAGUGCAAUUGGUACUUUUCAAAUCCAACCGCUGUGUCGGAGUACCCUUUGGCAAGUUCAUGUGCCCUAAGCAAACCCUAGAGGCAAAAAAGUUGGGGAAGGAGAUUGACGCCCUCCUCUUAUCAAUCAUAACAACUAGAAAGUCAAGUCUAGGGCAUGGCCAGAAGGACCUGCACGGAAUAUUGCUUGCCGAGAACCAUGGCGUCUCACCGGAGAAGAUGUUGACGACGAGUGUAAAACGUUCUUCUUCGGAGGUCAUGAGACAACGGCAUUGGCGCUCACGUGGAAGUUUCUACUAUUGGCCAUGCACCCUGAGUGGCAAUGUCAGCUCAGGGAAGAGAUCAGAGAAGUGGUCGGAGAUGGAGAGGUAA